AUGUGGGGUCUCCGCGCCUCGCUUCUGCUGUUGGCCACCUGCGUGGCGGCGAGCGCUGACCCUGUGCCAGAUGACAUCCAAGUGCAGGAGAACUUCGACGUCACCCGGAUCUACGGGAAGUGGUUCAACCUGGCCGUUGGCUCCACCUGCCCUUGGCUGAAGAGGAUCAAGGACAAGAUGAGCGUGAGCACGCUGCUGCUGGGAGAGGGGCCCACGGCGUCGGAGAUCAGCGUCAUCCACACCCACUGGCGGAGGGGCGUCUGCGAGGAGAUGUCCGCGGCCUAUGAGAAGACCAGCACGGCGGGCAAGUUCCUCUACCACAAGCCCAAAUGGAACGUGACCAUGGAGUCCUACGUGGUGCACACCAACUAUGACGAGUACGCCAUUUUUCUGACCAAAAAAAUGAGCCGCCACCAUGGACCCACCAUUACCGCCAAGCUCUACGGGCGGAAGCCACAGCUGAGGGACAGCCUCCUGCAGGCGUUCAGGGAGAUGGCCCUGGGCGUGGGCAUCCCUGAGGACUCCAUCUUCACAAUGGCCGACAGAGGGGAAUGUGUCCCUGGGGAGCAGGAGCCACAGCCCACCCCACUCUCGAGAGCCCGGCGGGCUGUGCUGCCCCAAGAGGAGGAAGGAUCAGGGGCUGAGCAGCCAGUACCGGGUUUCAACAGGAAGGAAGACUCCUGCCAGCUGGCCCACUCACCAGGUCCCUGCCUGGGCCUGUUCCCGAGGUAUUUCUACAAUGGAUCGUCCAUGGCCUGUGAGACCUUCCAAUAUGGCGGCUGCUUGGGCAACGACAACAACUUCCUCUCUGAGAAGGAAUGUUUGCAGACAUGUCGCACCGUGGCGGCCUGCAACCUCCCCAUAGUUCCUGGUCCCUGCAGAGCGUUCAAACAGCUCUGGGCAUUUGAUGCCGUCCAGGGAAAGUGCGUCCUCUUCAACUAUGGGGGUUGCCAAGGCAACGGCAACAAGUUCUACUCAGAGAAGGAGUGCAAGGAGUACUGCGGCGUCCCUGGCGAAGGGGAUGAGGAGCUACUGCGCUACUCCAACUGA